CUCCGCAGCGAGGUCAGGAGGCUGAGCGCCGGGGCCUAAAGGCACAGGGUGCUUUUUUUUAUUGGCCGGGACUCCGGUGGUGGCGAGGACUUUCCCCAAGGGCAUUUUUGGUGCAGGGACGAAGCACCCAGCGCCCGUGUUUCGCAGGCCUCCCCCUUUGACCUCGUGCUUCUGUCUCCUCAGGGAAUCUCCUCCACCGAGCAGAGCGGAGGUGUUCCACUGGCGCGCUGAGCGGCCUCUCCAGUCAUUGCAGGGGGACGCGGUGGCGCUCCCGCAGUUAGGCAGAUUAAUUCACCAAAGCCCGCCGGCCAGCGCGGGAUUAACUAAACUGCUCGGCGAGGCAAGAAGAAGUCAACGCCAACGCGUUCUCCCCGCGAAUCGCCAGCCCUAGACUCGCUCUCUUGGAAGGGAGCCUUACGGCUUCCUUCCCAGCUGGGCAAGACGGGGGCGGGGUAAUUCAAGCUGCUGCCGCCGCCGCCGCCGCCGCCGCCGCCGCUCCUCCAUGGGAGGAGCCCCGUCAGAAGAAUUGUGCCGCUGCCUCUUCUCAGGCCGUUGCCGGAGCAAAGGCGGCGUGUCGAUGAGGGGCCGCUGAGAGCCCGAGCCUAGCGGAGCUGCAGCAGACUUUGCAGGUCAUCAGUUCUGCACCAAACUCCAGGCGAGCUCAUGUUUGGGAAAGCUGCAAUCUUUGAAUUGUUGACCUUCAUCCAUCUAUUAAAGGGCCAGUAACUUGUCUGGAAACAAGGUAACUGGUGUAAUUUAAAAUAGUCACCAUGGAUCGUGACAUUGCUGACCAGCAUCUCAGUGUCAUAAGAAAUCCAUCUGGGUGGGAAAUAGGUCUCUAUAUUACUGGUGCACUUGCUCUUCUGGGAAUAGCUGGAGUAAACCUAUGGAAGUUAUGGAAAUCGGGUGGCUAUCCUGCACCUUCUCCAUUUCCAAACUAUGACUACAGAUACCUAGAACAAAAGUAUGGGUCCACUUAUUCUCAAAUCAGACAAAAGAGGGCAACAAGCAACUUUCGAAAGCCAGGAGAAAGAAUAUCUCCUGUCUGCAAGCAAAGCUUGAAAAUGGAUGAUGCCUUUGAAAAUAUUAACGAGUUAGGCACCUUGGAGCUGAUGAACAAAGACCUCGAGCUGACUCCUUACGGGCCAUUGAAAAAAUCAAUCUCCACUGACUCUCUAACUUCUGUCUCCUCCAUUGGAAAUAACUUUGGCCAGGAAUUCACGGUGGGACAAAUCGAAGUUAACAUGGAAUACAAUGUGAAUUCGAAUACCCUGCAUAUCACCUUGCUGCAGGGAAAAGAUCUGAUGGAGAAGGAAGAUGUUAAUUUUGAAUCCUGUUUUGUGCGCAUCAGUUUACUUCCAGAUGAGCAGAUUGUUGGCAUUUCUAGGAUCCAAAGAAGUGCUUACUCCGUCUUCUUUGAUGAGAAGUUUUCCAUUCCCUUGGAUCCUUCUAUGUUGGAGGAAAACAGCUUGAGAUUCUCUGUUUUUGGCAUUGAUGAGGAUGAGAGAAACAUCAGCACUGGUGUGGCUGAGCUGAAGUUGUCCGAUUUGGGUAUCUUUGUCCGGCCUUUCAACGCCUGGCUUUAUCUGCAGGACAUGAAUAAGGCAACUGAUUCGGUGGGUGAAAUCCUGCUGUGUCUUAGCUAUUUACCCACAGCAGAGCGAUUGACUGUAGUUGUGGUUAAAGCCAAGAAUCUUGUGUGGACUAAUGGGAAAAUGACUGCAGAUCCUUUCGUCAAAGUGUACUUGCUGCAAGAUGGGAGGAAGAUCAGCAAGAAAAAAACUGCAGUAAAGAGAGAUGAGACAAAUCCAGUGUUUAAUGAGGCCAUGAUUUUUUCAGUGCCAGCAAUUGUCCUGCAGGAACUCUCUCUUCGGGUGACGGUCGCAGAAUGCUGUGAAGAUGGGAGGGCUGAAAAUAUUGGCCAUGUUGUCAUAGGCCCAGCUGCAGGAGGCAUGGGCAUCACUCACUGGAAUCAAAUGUUGGCUACUUUGAGGAAACCUAUAUCCAUGUGGCACCCACUUCGACAAAGCUAAGGGCAUACCUCCACUUCAUUGAAAAUAAUCCAACACGGUGCUUAAAUAACUCCAGGAGGCCAAUGCUGUUGGAACAAUGAAUUUGUGAGACUAUAAGAGUUUUAAAAAAUCUAAAUAUUCCUCACAAACCAUAAUAGCAGUGACAGAUGAUUAUGUGAUGAUGGAUUGCCAAAUGAGACUACCCAAGCCUUGGAAAAGAAUCAUACCUAAAACAGUGAGAGAAGAAGAUAUAUAAAUACAGAUGGCUUCCUAUUAGCUGGUGGACAAAUAGUCUUUUGAUUCCAACAUUCUAAAUCACCAACUUGGAGAGCCAGUUAUUUUUGAAGUUCUUUUACACUGAGUCUUGUGGUUCCACAUUAUUUUCCUCUAUUGAAGGCUGAAAAGGAAAGCUUAUAAUAUUUUAUGCUUCACCUAUGUUUCAGACAUGUUGACUUGGAAGUCAAAUUCUUGGGAGCGAAUGGGUCCUGCUUUGAUAUAAAUAUAUAUUUGAAUCACAUUUUUUUUACUUCAUUCCUUCUCUCGUUUGUUGGGAAUCAAGUCUUGAUUACUUUGGAUAAAUUUGGGCAAAAUUACUUCCAACUAAAGUUGCUUAAGUCACAUUUUUUGCAAUCAUUGUCACGGGUAUCUUAUGGUUGAGAUUCAAGUACUGUUGCCCUGUUUGCCUGUUUUGGAGAAGAAAACUAAAAGGCUCAUAUGUGAAUAAAUAUUUGACAGAGUGAACUUUUACAAACAAAGAUGUGCAUCAUUAGAUAUGUGGACUACUGUUUGCUGUAAAUGCUCAACCAAUUUGCUUUGAAGAUUCAUUAAUCUUCCUCCUCUCUUUGAAUUUAUGGUAAAAAUGUAAUCUCACAUAGAGCACAGCACCAUCACAGAGAUGACCUCUGCUCAUGCAAUAGCUACCUGGGCUCUGGUGUGGUCCUGUUUAAUUUCAAAGUCCAAUAGGAACAUUAUCAUCACAGAGGAUGCAAUAUUGUGCUUAUCUACUGAGAUGUAAAUUCACUGGGCCUUAUUUUAUAUAUAUGGUAUAGAAUUCAAUAGCCAAUGGACUUUUCCUUCCCCUUUUCACCAUUUAUCAGCAAAUGGAGACCAGCCUGUUUAUAAAGUGUGAAUGCUUUAUUUAUUCAGUCUGUGUGUGCUUGACCUCAAGAAGCAGUUGACCUCAUACAGGGGCAGAAGAAGAGAGGAGAUGGAGUGGAUACAGAUGUAUCAUGCAUGACAGAUCCAUCCUUAGAAUAGUAAAUUUGACUGGGUGAUUUGUAAUUCAAGGUUACAUCAGUCAUAAGACACUAAAUAUUUGUAUUUUGAGAAAUAAAGAAUGGCAGCUUGAAAAAUAAAAAUGAAAUUGAGCAAAACAAAGGGAAAUUAUAUGGCAAAAUAUUUCAUGGUUACUGAAAACAUUGUGGGUGAUGUAUUUGCACCCAAUAAGUCACUUUUGGUUGCUAUAUAAAUUUGAUAAGUAAAUAAAAGUAAAUAAAAAUAUA